AUGUUGGUUGAUGACAGAGUGAGUUUUAAAAUUUCGAAUCAAUAAUUCAUCAAAUGUAUUGUUUUUUUGCAGGUCGCGCUUGCUAAGCUCAGUGUUGCGUUAAAAGACUUCAAGAAGGUCAUCGAUGCCCCCCAAUUCACAAAAAUCGUUCGAAAAGCGAAAUUCCCAAUGAAAGCGCUGGAGACGAAAAUGGCUGAGAUAGAAUUUGUUACUUGGGAUCCAAAGGCUAAUUAUUCCCAUGAAGUGAGUUUAUUAUUUUCAACAAAUUAUAGUGAUUCAUCGAAAAUUUCUGAAUUUUGAUGAUUCAGAAGUUGAAUUUGAACCAUUGUCCAUAAAAAAAACGUACAAAUUACAGACAGUCGUGAAUGUUAUCAAAUUCAUGGAAGAAACAAUGGAAAAAGGAUAUCAAUUGGUGGGUGAACGUGGAGAAUCCGUCGAAAAACGAAGUGAAACCCGAAAAAAGGAGAAGAGAAACCUGAGAUGGCGUAAUAUCAUCAAAAGAAAGCAUGCCUUGUUCCAAUAAUUUGUAUGUUUUCAUCCUUCUCUUCCCCAAAACUCAUCCCCAUUAAUAUUUGGGUUUAUUUUUUAUCUGAUAUCCCGGUGCCAUGUUUGAUUUCUCCUUUUCCAUUUUUAUAUAUCGUAUUCAACUUUGUUUUUAUGACAAAAAUAAAUGUUUGUUUUCUCAAAAAUGAUUUUUUCAUGAUGAUUUUCAACAUCUUCGCACAAUUUGUUUUGCCUUGGAAAUUUUCUCCGGUUGUAGAUUUCUUGGCACAUUCUCUGUAACUUCUAAAGUUGACGUUGGAGCAAAUUUCGAUAGAAAAAAUAACAAAAACGAAAUAAUUUAGAAUUAUUAUACUUGAGAAGUCCUAUUUCAAUGUUUUAGAAACAUACAACUGAUUUUUAUCAGUUUUUUCUGGGAUGUUUUUCAACAAGCUAUUUUUUGAAGAGCUCUUGCUCAUUUCAUUCUGAACCAUUUUUCAUGAAACAACUUGGAAUAACUUCAAUUUUGCUUUGUAUGUCUUCUCCAUAUUCGAUUUAGUUACAAAAAUUCCGUUUCCAGCAUUUUUUAGCAAAAAAUUGAAGCGAAACAAAACGAUGAGAGAGUGCGUUUAGCUGAAGAGACCGAUUAGAGAUAGAGAGAAAACAAGAGAGGAGUGUGGAGUGCACACAACACUCCGUUAUGCCCGUUGUUUAGCGUAAAUACACAUUCCCCCUUUUUUGUUUGUUUUUUUGUCAUCUUUUGUUGUCUUCCCGUUUCUUUUGUUUUUUAUCUCACUUUUCGCCCUUUUUCAAAUCAGUAUUUCCAUUUUUCAGCUCUCACUCAUUCUUGGUUGUCAAAUUGUUGUUAUCUUCACAAUGUUGGUUGAUGACAGAGUGAGUUCUAAAAUUUCGAAUCAAUAAUUCAUCAAAUGUAUUGUUUUUUUGCAGGUCGCUCUUGCUAAACUCGCAGUGUAUCGUUGA